AUGUCUUCUCCAGUGGUGUUAGUGACGGGCGCGAACCGAGGCAUCGGGUUGGAGCUGUGUCUCCAGUACGCCCAGAAGGGUUGCCAGGUUCUGGCUGUCAUGAGGAAGGAGGCGCCUACGGAGUUGACCAAGCACGAGAACGUGACUGUGUACAAGUGCGACCUUUCGGACCUAGCUGCAAUUGACGAGCUCAAGAAGGCCAUCGGCGACCGUCCGCUCGACGUCGUCGUCAACAACGCCGGAGUAUACCCACCCUCCCCCAAGCUGGCCAACUUGACGCUCCAAGACUAUGCCACUUUUCAACAAGGCCUGCACGUAAACGUUGUCGCUCCUCUCCGCCUCGCCCAGCUAUUUAUACCCAAUCUACUCAAGAGCAACACGAAAAAGCUGGUCUUCCUCACCAGCAAAAUGGGCUCCAUCAGCGACAAUACUAGCGGAAGUCACUACUUUUAUCGAUCUACCAAAGCUGCCUUAAACGCCGAGGUCAAGUCUAUCAGCUUCGAGUUCCCCGAGCUCAUGGUCAUUCUGCAACACCCCGGCUGGGUCCGGACCGACAUGGGUGGUCCCAAGGGCCUGAUUGACGUGGGAACGUCCGCGAAGGGCAUUAUCAACGUGAUCGAGACGAACAAGAAGAGUGGCAUAUUCAUCGAUUACAAGGGAGAGGAGAUCCCAUGGUAA